AUGGAACAAUCACAUAACUGGAAUACAAAUGUAGAUAUCAAACAUAUUGAGGAUCUAUUUGUGCGGCAAUUGACCAAGUGGGAACGAGAAUCAUGUGCAUUUAUAGACGAUAACCAAGAUGUAAUGGGGGCAGAGCCCCUCGAAGUUCGUGAGUUUGACCGUCCGGAAGGUUCUACAUGCACAAAACCUAUUCAGUCACAAAAAGCUGAAGUCCUGGGUUGGUUUUCUGGGACACAUUACGCAGUAGACCACGAGAAAAUUACUGGAUUGGCGUGGUGUUUGGAAGAGGGUCUACGAGUAGCACGUGAUAUAGGUGGAUCUGACCCAGAACGUAUGAGUGCAAAGAAUAUAGUGACGUACCUUCAAAAAGAAUUGACAGAACCUGUUCAGAUGACUGAUUGUCCUGUUGAUCGAGGGCUUUACCCUCUGGCAGCUAUAGUAGAUCGUGGAAAUAAUGAAAGACAUCGUGGUCACGUUGUACACUUAGAAUACAAUGGAUCUACAGAAUCACAAAUUGAUCCUCAGCAAAUAGUCAAUUUAUUUUUAGUUGGUAAAGGUGUUACCUAUGAUACAGGUGGCUCAGAUCUUAAAGUUGGAGGUAUUAUGGCUACGAUGCAUCGGGAUAAAUGUGGUGCAGCUGCUGUGGCCGGAUUUUUCAAAAUUUUAAACUUAAUGAAACCGAAAAACCUAAAGGUGCAUGGUACUUUAGGUUUAGUUCGUAACAGCAUUGGUGAAAAUGCUUAUGUAAGUGAUGAAAUAGUAACUUCACGUGCUGGAGUACGGGUUCGCGUGAACAAUACUGAUGCUGAAGGUCGAAUGGUUAUGACUGAUUUAUUAUGUGAAGCUAAGGAGAAGGCAUUGAAAGUAUCAAAUCCACGACUACUGACAAUCGCCACUUUGACUGGUCAUGUUGGGUUAUGCUAUGGACUAGGAUAUACGGGUAUCGUCUGUAAUGGUCCAGCUAAAGAACUUGGAGAAGAUUAUGACUAUCAGUUUGCUGGAUCAUUGUUAGGUGAAAUGCAUGAAAUAUCAACACUCCGACGUGAAGAUUAUGAUGCACAUAAAACUGAUGAAGAAUAUUCUGAUUUAUUGAAUUCUGCUCGUCUGAUUGGUGGGAAACGUAGCAGAGGGCAUCAGUCUCCAGUCGCAUUUAUGAUUAUUGCAUCUGGUUUGGACUCCCAUUUGAAAAAUACUGAAAAGCCUUUGGCGUACACACAUAUGGAUAUCGCUUCAAGUAAUGGUCCUUGUCCUGGCAUUCCAACUGGUACGCCUAUUUUAACACUAGCAUCGCGUUACAUUCUUCCAGAACAGAUGAAAUGGCCUAAUAGAAAGGUGUAAAAAUGAUCGAAUUGUCGACAUUUUUAUUCAGUUAAAUGUUGAUAUGAACGAUUUUCAAGAUAGUAGGAACUUGUUCUCAAGUUGGGUAAUAGUUUUGAUUCACAGCUGAUGUAACAAUGUACUUUAUAAUAAUUGUUACUUAUGGCCUUUUCAAAUUUUGGUACUCAUGUAUUACAUCAUUUAGUAGUAAUUUAUUGUUAAUUCGGGUAAUAAUUUUCAUUCACAGCUGAUGUAACAAUGUACUUUAUAAUAAUUGUUACUUAUGG